UUCUUUUACCUUCAUGUAAAUUUUCAAUAUUCAUAAAAUAACUGCUCGAAUGUGAAAUAAAACGAACGAACUCUUUCCAAACAUCAGUAAAGCUAAGUCUUUUCAUACUCUAGAAUCGAACAAGAAGGUGGAAGUUAGCGAUAGAAGAAUGUCUCAAGACAACUUAAGAGAGAAGAAAGUCGCACAGAUGGAGAUAGAUGAUAAAGGAGAAAGGGCCGAGCUUGUCGAUGGGAAAGCUCGUCAUUACGAUCCAAACUUCAAAGGUCCUAUCAAGAAUAGAUCAUGCACAGAUAUACCUUGCUGUUUGUUGUUUACAUUAUAUCUUGUUGGAAUGGUCAUCGUUGGAAUCAUUGCAUUUAAAGAAGGUGAUUUAGACAGACUGAUAUACCCAACAGACUCUAAUGGAAAAACCUGUGGUGUUGAUUUUGUGGACAAGAAGUACUUGUUCUUCUUUGAUCUGACGAAGUGUAUCAAGAAGACGUCAUUAAAAGAUCUCACUAGUCUUUCAUGCCCAACUCCACAGGUUUGUGUUGAAAAAUGUCCGAACUACACAGCCGUGUACAACAGUGACGUGGAUUAUGAUAAAGUUAUUUGUGUUGAAGGAGUAACAAGACCUCAGAACAAACGUGAAUUCGACCUGCUGGUUAAAGAAAAUAAAUGUGCAGAUUUCUACAUCGAUAGCUCACCAGUUCUAUACCGUUGUCUGCCUACUGCUGUUGGCCUAGACAAUCUAAAUUCAACUGAGAUCAAGAAAAACAUUGAAAAUGGAAUUUCAGGACUUGGAGACUUAAUGAACGCCAAAGGCAUUGCAGUUAAGAUUUUUGAAGAUCUAAAAAUGGUUUGGUAUUGGAUUCUUGGAGCUUUGGUUAUCGCCAUGUUUAUAUCUUUACUUUGGAUAAUCAUAACCAGAUGGAUAGCUUGGCCUAUGGUUUGGCUUUCGAUAUUAGCUGCAUUUGCCCUCAUGAUUGUUGGGAUUUAUUUCUGUUAUCAUAAAUACAAAGAUCUUGAAGAUCGCGGUGUUGAUAAAAGUAUCGAAUGGAAAUUCACCACAAACUUAGACAACUUUACAAACUCCAAGAAAUUUUGGCUAGCAUCUGGGAUAAUUCUCACUGUUGUCUUUGUGGUUUUGUUUCUGAUCAUGUUGGUCUUGAGAAAGCGCAUAAAUAUAAGCAUUGCUUUAAUAAAAGAGGCCAGCAAAGCUGUAGGCUCUAUCAAGGCAGCGUUAUUCUUUCCAAUAUUUCCAUGGAUUUUGCAACUUGGUGUGUUUGCUUGGUUUAUCGCUGUUGCGUUAUUUUUAGUAAGCAACGGUACGCAGAAAUUCCAUGUUAUUGACAAAAACGGAACAAUUCAAAACUUUACGGACUGUAAUCCAAAGACUUUCACGGGCAAUAUGUCACAGUGUGUUCUAGCUGGAUAUGAAACAAACGAACAUUUGUAUCGAAUGGCAAUCUUUCAUUUCUUUGGAUGGUUGUGGAUGAUGAACUUUGUUAUAGCAUUGGGUGAAUGCGUCUUGGCUGGAGCUUUUGCAUCGUGGUACUUUGCCUUUCAUAAACCUGACGAUGUUCCAGCGUUGCCUAUUAUCUCAGCUCUAGGAAGAACUAUACGAUAUCACACGGGUUCCCUGGCUUUUGGUGCUGCUAUUAUAGCUAUUGUCCAGUUUAUCAGAGCAGUUUUGGAAUAUAUUCAUCACAAGCUUAAAGAGUCCAACCAGGACAAUGGAUUUGUCAAGUUUUUUAUGAGGUGUUUGAAAUGCUGCUUUUGGUGUUUGGAAAAAUGUUUGAGAUAUUUAAAUAAGAACGUGUACAUUGGCAUCGCAAUUUAUGGAAAGAAUUUCUGUAAAGCCGCCAAAGACGCUUUUUUCUUGUUGUUAAGAAAUGCUUUGAGAGUUGCGGCGAUUAAUGGCGUUACAGCUUUUUUAUUGUUCAUGGGAAGAUUGUUCGUCGUUGGAGUUAUUGGUGUGGCAAGUUUCUAUUGGUUUGACAAAUUUGUCAAUGAUGUUGAAGAUGUCCAACUUUCUUAUUCUGUUGUUCCUAUUGUGGUUUGUGUGAUUGGUGCUUGGGUUGUGGCUGCGCUAUUUUUCUCUGUCUAUGAAAUGGCUAUCGAUACCAUCUUCUUCUGUUUUCUUGAAGAUUGUGAACGGAACGAUGGUUCUGCUGAAAAACCUUAUUACAUGAGCGAUAAUCUUCGUGAUAUACUUGGAAAGUAAAUUCCCUUCUUUGACACUUUAAAAAAUAUUACCCAGUUACUAGCUACAUGCACAUGAGAAAAGUUAGAAGAUGAUUAGGUGGUAUGUUCCGUAUGUGUUUUAUCUAUCUACAGCGCCUUUACUAGAUUCAUUUAUUUUUAAUGGAAAUUGUACUUCUUUGACGUCGAAAUGUAAUCGUUAAUGGUGUGUUGCAAUGUUUCAAAUCACGUAAACUUAAAUAUCGUUUUUAUAAACAUAAAUUAAAAUAGAUUGAUUGUUA